GCCAACUUUGCGAAGAAGCGUCAUUUCCAAACUUGGCGCUUCAUCGCAAUGAGCAUUUCAGCACAACCGCUGACGCCCACGAAACAAAGCGAUGUGCAGAUGUCGUACAACCUCGCGACCGACGCGUCGGGCAGCGAGCCGAGCGUCGAUGUCUCCAAGAUGAGUCUCUUUGAGCGGUACCUCACGCUCUGGGUCUUCCUCGCGAUGGUCGUCGGUGUCCUCAUCGGCUACUACGUGCCGUCCAUUCCGGAAGGUCUCGACAAGGCCACGAUCAGCGAUGUCUCGGUGCCGAUCGCCGUCCUCCUCUGGGGCAUCAUCCUCCCGAUGAUGAUCAAGAUCGAGUUUGCCAGCAUCGUCGACUGCCUCAAGCAGCCCAAGGCGAUCCUGCUCACAUGCACUGUCAACUACGUCAUCCAGCCGUUCACUAUGUACGGCAUUGCGGUCCUCUUCUUCCGGACGUUCUUUGGCGGCUACCUCGGCGAAGAAAAGGCGGACGGCUACGUCGUGGGUUCGAUCCUCCUCGGUGGUGCACCGUGCACCGCCAUGGUCUUUGUGUGGUCGAUUUUGAUGAAGGGCAACGCGGCGUACACGCUAACGCAAGUUGCAGUCAACAAUAUCAUCCUCAUGGUGGUGUACGUCCCGACGGCCAAGCUGCUUGCCGGCGGCACGUCCCUCGAGAUGCCGUGGUCGACGCUCUUCGUGUCCGUCGGUAUCUUUGUCGUCAUUCCGCUGCUUGCUGGCUACGGCAUCCGGAAGGGACUAGGGCACUCGGAAGCGGGUCUCGACUGGCUCAACUCGAAGCUCCUCCCUGUCUUGGACUCGUUCUCGAUGGUGUUUUUGGUGCUCAUGAUCGUACUCAUUUUCAUCUCGCAAGCUGCCACCAUCACGGACAACGUCGUCGACAUCCUCGUGAUUGCGAUGCCGCUGAUCCUCCAGACGUUCCUCAUCUGGGGCAUUACGUACACCGGUGCGCUCUACCUCGGCCUGUCGUACGAUGUUGCGGGCCCCGCGACCUUGAUCGCAUGCUCCAACUUUUUCGAAAUGGCCGUCGCCGUCGCCGUGUCGCUCUACGGGUCCGGAUCCCCCGCUGCGCUGGCGACUGUGGUCGGCGUGCUCAUCGAAGUCCCCCUCAUGCUCAUCCUCGUCGCGAUCAACAACAAGACGCAACACAAAUUUGCCUCGGCGUCCGCGCCGCUUCUGCCCGAACCCUAGCCAUUGUCCACUCCAUAAUAUAAGCACACGUUUGCGCUACUAGUA